UCGUGGCGGUUCUGUGCGUGCGCGAGGUGCUGCUACGUCUGCGUCACUGUGCUGGCGGCGGAGGGAGAAGCGCCGCGCGGAGAGUGAUGAGGUAGAGCGGAGCGGAGCAGAGAGGCGAGGCGAGGCAGCAGAGCUCUGCGCAGACCCUGCACUUCCUUCUGCUCCCACCGCCUCAUGCCACGUUCGCUCUGAGAACCUGUGCAGGCUGCUGAGUGGAGAAGUGGAGAGGUCUCAGUAUGGAACCGUUCUGCCAAGAUCAAGAAACGACCGUCAGAGCGACGCGAGACCCCAGUAUUCUCUGCGAUGACAGAGUGCUGCAGAGCCUGCUGACAGUAGAAGAUAAGUUUCUACCCCAGGGCCUUUAUUUCACACGGGUUCAAAAGGACAUUCAGCCCUACAUGAGGCGGAUAGUUGCAACUUGGAUGUUGGAGGUUUGUGAGGAAGAGAAGUGUGAUGAAGACGUUUUCCCUCUGGCUAUCAACUACCUGGACAGGUUUCUCGCAGCAGUGCCCAUGAAGAAGUGCUAUUUGCAGCUCUUGGGGGCCGUGUGCCUCUUCCUGGCAUCCAAGUUGAAGUCCUGUCAGCCAUUAUCUGCAAAGAAACUCUGUCUUUACACAGACAAUUCAAUCACAUCUCAAGAGUUGCUGGAAUGGGAGCUGUUGGUUUUGGGGAAAUUGAAGUGGAACAUGGCAGCUGUUACCCCUCAUGACUUUAUUGAGCAUAUUCUUCGCAAGUUACCUUUACCUGAGGACAGAUUGGCGCUGAUUCGUAAACAUGCUCAAACUUUCAUCGCCCUUUGUGCUACAGAUCACAGCUUCGCAAUGUUUCCUCCCUCCAUGAUAGCCACAGGGAGUGUUGGUGCGGCAGCCUGCGGACUUCAGUUGGACCGGAUGCAGAGCGGUGUCUGGGGGACCAGUCUGACCGAGCUGCUGGCCAAAAUCACCCACAUUGAAGUGGACUGUCUGAAGUCGUGUCAGGAGAAGAUUGAGCAGUUGCUCACCAGCAGCCUCAGAGAGAGUCAGCAGCAUAAACACGUGGAGAGCGGAGUCACCAGCAAGGAGGCGGAGUCUCAGAGCCAGUCCUGCACACCCACAGAUGUGCGUGACAUCAACUUAUGAUGUCACUUCCACCCUAUACCUGACACAAUUCUACAGAAUUCCAUGAAUCUGUAAAUGCAAGCUGAAAUAUAUUUUAAUCAUCUUAUUUAAUUCAGUUAAAAAACUACAAUGUAUAAUAGCCUGUGAAAAGGCAUAGGUGUCAAUUAUCGAAUAACAAUGUAGAACUGCAAUAACUGAAAUAUUUCAGGCAUCCUUUUUUUUGCAAACAAAGGAGAAAUAAAUUAUGCCUUUGGCUUGCAUAUGCCGGUAUACUUGAAAUUGAAAUACAAUUGCCACCA